CAUAAAACAGAAUCAUCAUCUUCCAACGGGGCUUCGUCUGAUAUUUCCCAGCAAACAACUACAGCAAUUCCAAACCGCCAGACCAGCUUCACAAUGACAUACUCGCGAGUCGGUGUGGUGACGGGCGCCAACAAAGGCAUCGGAUACGCGAUCGUUCGCCAGCUUGCGCUGCAAUACCCCAAAUCUCACCUGAACAACGGAUCAUUCCUCAUCUACCUGACGGCUAGAGAUAAGUCUCGAGGCGAGCAGGCGGUCAAGAACAUUCAAGGCGAUGCGGACCUCAAGCAGGCCAAGGCCCUGUCCGCACACGGCGGCGCUACCGAGAUCAAGUACCACCAGCUUGAUAUUUCAGACACCAACAGCAUUUCGGACCUCUCCUCGUUCCUGAGGAAGGAACACCCCGAUGGCAUCGACUUUGUUGUCAACAACGCCGGCAUCGCGAUGCAAGGGUUUGACUCGAACGUGGUGAAGAACACCCUGGCGUGCAACUACUAUGGCACCCUCGAAGCGACGCAAGCCUGGAUCCCCGUCCUCAAGCCCGACGGCCGCAUCGUCAACGUCGCGUCGGUGUCCGGGGCGCUGAGCCAGUACUCGCCCGAGAUCAAGAAGCGCUUCCUCGACGCGCAGUCGGUCGCCGACGUCACCAAGCUCAUGGAGGAGUUCGCCGCCGCGGUGGAGAAGGGCACGCACGAGAAGGACGGAUGGCCGAGCGCGGCGUACGCCGUCUCCAAGGCCGGCGAGAUCGGUAUGACGAAGGCGAUCGCCAAGGAGUUGCAGGACAAGGGAAGCAAGUUGCUGGUCAACUCGUGUCAUCCGGGCUAUGUCGUGACUGAUAUGACUCGCGGAGGGGGGACCAAGACCCCGGACGAAGGUGCGCAGACUCCUGUUCAUCUGGCGAUUGCGAACAUUGGCGGGAAGACGGGGGAGUAUUGGUCUGAUGAGAAGGUUGCGAAGUGGUAGGCCUGGGGUCAAUGUGAAAUGUAAUAUCAUGUAAAACUUUGUUAUCGUCGUUAUCAUAUCGCUAUACAGUCUCAAAACCUGCAAUGAUUGCAUCUAUCUAUUCGAGCGUCUAUAUGCGUCCACACAGCUGGCCGCAGACCAUAACUCCGUGCAUGAUACCUAUAAUCCAGAGCCAGUAAAACACC